AUGGGAGCAGCUCUACAGACUCUGGGCGUAGCGGAAGUAGCGAGUGAAGUCGCUUGUUGCGCAGGCUCAGCAGCGUGCAGUUUAUUUUGUAAAAAGAAAGUCGGUGGUAUUAGAUCAAGGCUAUACUUCACCGUGUUUCUUCUCCUUGGUACAGUUCUUUGCCUCGUAAUGCUCUCCCCGAAUAUGCGACUAUAUCUGGACAAAAUUCCUUUCCUCUGCACGAGACUCGCGUCUAAACGAACUUGCGACAAUUUCGUGGGCUACGGAGCAGUUUACAGAGUUUCAAUCGCCAUGUCUAUGUUUUUUCUAUUAUUCUCAUUCCUCACUUACAACGUGCACUCUAAGAAAAAAUUCCGCGCUAGGAUCCACAAUGGUUUCUGGUACAUCAAACUCUCCCUGUUGGUUGUGAUAAUAGGAUUUGUAUUUUAUCUACCGAGUUCGGAGCUUAUCAGCAAGAUAUGGAUGUAUAUUGGACUUACGGGUGGAUUUAUGUUCAUUCUCAUUCAAAUUAUUCUCGUCAUCGACUUUGGUCAUUCGUGGAGUGUAUCUUGGGCAGAGAAAAUGGACACCCUUGACACCAAAUGCUGGUACUUCUCACUAGCCUUUUCAACCGCUUUAGUGUAUUCGAUUUCUGUCACGGCGGCUGUGAUGUUUUAUCUUUUCUUCACCAACCCGGACGAUAUAUCACAGUGUAAAGCGAAUACUUUUUAUAUCAGUUUUAACGUAGGACAUUGUGCGCUGGCUACAAUAAUUUCUGUGCUUCCGCGAAUUCAGGAAGAAACAACAGGAGCUGGUCUCCUGCAGUCUUCAGUCAUUACAAUAUACACCAUGUAUCUUACAUGGAAUACCCUUUCAUCUCAACCAGACUCAAAAUGCAAUCCACUUGGCGCGGUUAUACUGGAAUAUGACAAGGUAUCUGGUGUGAAUGGGCAAGCGAUCUUUGGCGCGCUUUUGAUGUUUGCCUUAUUAGCGUUUGCGUGCACUGUCCGCGCCAGCACUUCACAGCUUGGGAAACUGGGACUCUCUUUAUCUGACAAUCCCGAAUACUUGCGAAAAAGUGUCGAAAUAAACACGAAGCACCGAAAACAAGAGAACAUACCUGAUGAGGAUGGUAAAGGAAACGAGGAACUUGAAAGCGAAGAUGUCGCUUAUAGUUAUUCUUUCUUUCACUUUGUUCUUUUCCUAGCAUCUUUACAUGUCAUGAUGGUAAUGACGAACUGGCACAGUCCAGAUGAAAACGUUGAUUUUAAGAAAAUGAUAAAGAAUUGGGCAGCAGUCUGGGUGCAAAUGGCAUCGAGUUAUAUUUGUUGUCUGGUGUAUAUAUGGACUCUAGUAGCGCCCUUAAUACGAAAGACGUGGGGCCAUUAUCUGGGGUUGGACUUUGAACCUGCCAGACAGCCGAGCGCAAGAAGAGCUAGCGCUGCACGGCUUAGAGACGAUUUCAUGAAGACAAAGGAAAGAUUAAAAACAUCUGAAAUCGUGGUUGAUAGGAAUAGAGACAAACGAGAGCUUGAGCAAAGCCGGCAAGCUAGAAAAAGGAGGCUUCAAGAAGCGAUAAAAAGCAAUCAAGGUAAUGAAACAGACGUCGGUGUGGGCGAAGCAAGUAAAGCUAAAGGCAAAACGGAACACCAAAGUGAUAAUGACCCUCUCUGUUCGAGUGAUAAAAACCGUGACAGCAGUGCUAGUGAAAGAACAGUCGAAAAACAAAAAGAUAAAUCCAAACUCACGCCAACUUCGUCGGCCGAGAGUUCACUUUUGCCCGAUGCGUCGAUGUAUGAUCGGAAAAGGUCGUGCUCCUCUGAUAGAACUUCGGAAGAACAAAUAAGGCUUCCCAAUCCUUCUAUGCCAGUACGAAUACAAAUCGACCAUCCAUUCGAAAAGAUUACCCAAGAAAGUGUUUUCAGCAACAGCGUCAAAGAACCUGAAGUUUCCAAGGAAAUUCUCAGAUUACAAGAAAGAAUUCUUAGAUUUCAGGCGAAGAUCGUGAAAAUCCAGCAUAAAAUAUUAUCCAUACAGGAAACAGGUGAAGUUACUAUUCCAAGAACAGAAAAUGUUACGAAAAGAGGAUAGCUUUUAGGUGCCUGUUCGUCAUACCCGACACAAAUAGAUUCAAAUCAGAACUCUAUCCUGGGUGGUAAAGAAAACAUUUUCGAUUUUCAAGAUAACUCAGGAAACAUUAAAGAUCAGAAGCCCUGGUUCAACCAAGAAGAAGUUUUCUUUUUUCAUUUAAGCACCCACUAAAAGUGAGAAUUAAAAGCAGUCUUUGAUGUAUAGCUAUUUUAAGCAAAGUAUACUAGUAAUUUUUUUUAUAUAUACCAUCAUGUGACUGUCAACACAGUUCUCUAAAUUUCCCCUUCAUUGCAUUCCCUCACUUUUUACUUUAUUUUGUACUAUAAGCGAGAUCUUUUUUUAAGAAUUUGUAUCAAACCUGUGUUCAUACUUACAAAUAAAAUAACAUCACUGAGAUUUCAGUGAAACCAAAAGAUGAAAAAGAGAGAACAUUAAAAAAAGAUAUUUAACCAUAUGGCUACUUUGUCGUUCAUGCUAUUUACUCUUUGCAAUUGUCCUCUUUUGUGUUUCCAUUUGAUUGCAAAUGAAACAGCUAUAGAGCCAUCAAAUAGACUUGUUUCAGACCAAGCCUUUCCCUGGCUAACUCUUACUUAACUCCUGAAUAGAAUUGAUUUAUCAAUAAAGGUAUGCGAUAACAAACUUUUUCCUGUUCCUCUCGGGUUGUAAUCGAUGACCUGACGUGCAGCGCAUGAGGUAAAAAAAGAACGUUGGUACUGUUAUUAAUAAGGAAAGGAUAUAUAGCAAAACCGCAGGUAAAGCUGUUAAUCAAACGGGAUUAAAAAAGAAAUAAGGGCCAAAGAGCAAUUAAAUUUUUUAAUAAUUUGUUAUUCUAUUUAGUGAUAACAUAUCAAAAUCUCGAUUAUUCCACAAUAUUCUUUGGAAGCAAGUGGAUGCAAUAACUUCAAAAGCCAAUCAAAAGGCUAGUUGACAUAUCUUCUUUUGAAAUAAGAGUUAAGCAGAAUUUUGUCACUUUAACUCCGACACAUUGCAGGUACCCGCCAAUUCAUUUUCAGUUGAUGAGUUGAACGUGCCUUGCUUUAAUUAAAUGUGUCUUGUGCACUGCGAACAAAAUACUUCUCCAUCGAAAAGAAAGAUACGUUUUCAUUUUUCACUAUUGUGGGAGAAAGAAAAAUCUAAGUCGAUCAUGCGUGAGGAUUGAAAACCCAAGCUAGCAGCUGCGAGUUUGCGGUCCGAUCCUUUUCCGAGUGAGAGAGCUUGUUGGCUGGGCUAGGCCAUGAGUCCUUAUGUGCAUGAGAUCAGUCCUGUAUACUGAUGUAAUCAGUAAUAAUAAAAGCUUCUUGAAUGGGUAAAUUUUGAGUACAGUUUUCGAGUUAAGAAAGUUGUUUACUAUUCGUCUCGAGCGUAGGACACAAUAAAAGUCUGAGUGUAUGUGAUGAUUCAAACGUUGGGUGAUCUGGCCCGCUGUAGACUAUCAGUCGAUGAAGCCUAGGGCGAAAGUGAGCACACGAAAAAUAGCGUGCGGGUAAAUUGGCAAGAAAGCGAGAUAAAGGUAAAACGUUCCGCAGCCCUUUCCCUUACGACCUUUACCGUAGUGCGCCCAUUUUUUCUUGCCAUUUCUCGCGUUCCCACUCUCUCUCGCGUAUUUGUUAACUGAGAAUCUGUUGUAGGAUAUACUACAGGCUGUCCAAUUUCGUGGUCCGAUGCUUUACCAAUUGAAGAACAGCCGAGAACUCUUUAGCGAUUUUAGCCAAAUUCUUGGCUCACAGCACUUCCUUUUAGUCAUAAAAGGAUCUUUGAACGCUUUCAAUUAAGUGUCGAAACCGCGAUUUCUUUUCACAGAAAAGUUCAUGAUCUCUUUACGACGAAUUCCGACUAAAUCUGUCUAUGAAAUACAAACAACAAGUUCAUAUGAUCAAUUUUUAAAACUUACCAUGCAGAUUUGUGUCUAAUUCUUCAAACCAGUUUUUCCCGCUAAAAACGCUUUUACUGCGUGACGUUAUACCUACAUAAUUGUGCCACCAGACAUGAACAUAAACAUAUCUUUUCCUUAAGUGUGGUGCGAUGAAAAAGACUUCAGCUCAGUAAAUAACAUGAAAGACAAUUCUAAGGAUGAACCGAAUGGUGAUCAGAGCGUAUGCUUCUUGUGCUGUGCAUGCGGGGGACAUAGAAGAGAGACAAUGACUAGCGUGAACUACACUUUGUUUCUUCUACUCGUCACAGUGUUAUGUUUUGUGCUUUCUGCUCCACGAAUGCGAGAUAAACUGAAUGCUAUUCCGCAUUUCUGCAACGAAAUGGUGGACUCAAAAAGUUGUGACAAUCUAGUGGGUUACACGGCAGUUUAUCGCGUGUGUUUUGGAACAGCUUUGUUUUAUCUGUGUUUGUCCGUGAUAACGCUUAAUGUGAAAAGCGUGGAAGAGAUCCGUGCUCGGAUUCACAAUGGUUUUUGGUACAUCAAGUUUCUGCUGUUGAUUGGUGAGUAAUGAUUGCCAGUAAUAGCUGUUAGUUUUUAUUAAGCAUCACUUACGACUUUUAUCGCUAACCAGCUUCUAGGUUUUAUUUCCUCAGAUCUUUUUCUUACUUAUUAUUUUCCUUAUAAAUCUUAUUUUCUCAACUGACUUUCCUUGAUGCUGAUAUUUUACCAAUUUAGCGCGAAAAUUUUUCGCGCCAAAUGAUAACUCGCGCGUCUUAGUCUAUGAAUCAACAAAGAAAUACAGCCUUAAUCGAAAAGGAACGAUUUAUAUGGGACGAUUUAUAUGAUAGUAUGUUUUAUGUUAAUUUAAUUUUCUUUUACAGCUUUAAUCACAUCCUCGCUGUUAAUACCACAGUCACUGUCAUUUAAUCGUGUAUGGAUGUAUUUCGGCCUGGUCGGUGGAUUCCUUUUUAUCCUAAUUCAACUUGUGGUGCUAGUUGAUAUGUCUCACUCGUGGAGUGAGACCUGGGUCGAGAAGAUGGAGAAGGCCUCGACACCUUGUCGUUCAAGAUGCUGGUAAGCGGGUACUUACAGGAUAGACAGUUAUAUGAGAGUUGAAAAUUGAUGUGAUGGUGGUUCCAGCUUUCCUGAUGAAAUAACAGCUCUACGUCUUUUCUUCAGGUAUUUGUGCUUCCUUUCUUGUACCGGAAUGCUGUUUAUCUUAUCCAUGGUUGCUGUGAUUUUAUUUUACAAGUACUUUGUGCGGGAUGCCGAGUGUAAAACCAAUUUAUUCUUCGUCUCGUUCAGCUUGUGCCAGUGCGUAGCAGCGACAGUGAUCAGCGUUCUUCCCAAGGUUCAGGAGGCGCAGUCAGGCACUGGUUAGUGACGUCAGAACCCUGAAUACAUGCAGAUACCUAUGUCAAACGAAGUUAGGAGCCCUUUGGUUCAAUUCAUUGUGCCGUGAAUUCCUCUUCCCUGUAAAUGUGGGGAUGGGCGAAUUUUGAAGAAACAUGUGCUCCCCACCCGACUAGCUUUGAAAGGAAAAGGGGUGACGGAGACAAUAUGGCAUACCAAGUCACCAGUUCUCUACCCCUCUCUUGACUCAAGUUAAAUGCUCCUGUCUCACCUUCUCAACUUACGGUUAAACUAAGUAAAAGGCAAAUGUUUUCAGUGAGAGACAAAAGUGUUCGGCUUUUUACAUGCGCAAGAUAAUCGAUUGGAUAUAACCGCCAAUGCUCACAGCGUCUCUUGGCUAAGUGGUCGAGUAUCUUUUUUUUUAUUAUGAUACCAGCAGAGAUUGUGUGGGAGAUGAUGGGCGUAGGAAAAAUAACCUCAAAGAGUUAUCAUUCUUUUUAAUUGACGUUUCUUUGCAGAUGUCGUCUGAGUUCCUCUUUUCUCCACGAGAGCGCAAUACAAAACAAAGAAAUUACAAUUGAACUUCCUUAACAAUUCUUAGAUCUCAUUUUUUUUCCAUUCAUCAUAAAACUCAAGAUCUGUUAAGAUCAUUAAAAUUCUUUUCAGGUUUGUUUCAAGCCUCCGUCGUGAUAGCUUACACCACGUAUCUCACGUGGUCUGCCUUAUCGCACGAGCCGGACGAUCUGUGCAAUCCUCCAGGUUACGUCAUAUCUGGAUAUGACCAGACGACUGGUUUGAGUUUGCAGGGAAUUUUCAGCAGCCUAUUUGUCUUUGUCAUGCUCGUUUAUGCCAGUCUUAGCACAGCCAUGAGUGCAUCAAACUUGAGUAAGUUCAACAACUAAGGUUGUUCGCUAUCUUAAUUUUUAGAAUACAGUCCGUCAAGGUCGAUCGAUCUUGGAAAACAAUUUCAUAUUUCAUCAUUUAAUGUGGUGGGAAACGCCGAGACCCAUCGAUAACCACGCUGGACUCCGGUCGAGAGGUCUGGCUUCGAGACCUGGCUGGGGCAUUGUACUGUGUUCUCUCAGGCAGGAUACUUUCCUCCCAAAGAGCCUCUCUCUCCGCGCAUGAGUACAAGUGGGUACCAGUAAUUCGACAAGGAAACCUGAAGAAAUAAUUAUGUUUGGGGGGUAACAUGCGAUGGACGAACAUUUUUUCAAAAGUUUUCGUCCGCUUUUAACAUUUUCGUAUCACAACUCUGUCCCUCUGGUUAGUCAAAAGUGAGGUGUUCACCCAUUGAGACAUUUUCAAAAUUACUAACAGUAUAAAGAUUUCGCUCAGCCUGAAGAGGAUCUCCGAAUUAUCAAUAUUUACGUUCAUGUUAAAUAGAAUUUCAGUCAUGGACGUAUGCACGCCCAUUACCUGACCAGUAAUUCUCUCAGCCAGAUGGGUCACCAUCUGGUUUUCUUAGGAAUUGACGCUCCGAUACGGACUAAGCGUUUAAGAGCUCCGCUACCGCAGCAUGCGUUUUUAUGUCACAAUCUUCUUUCUGUCCAGACAGAUGGCGUAUUCACUACAAAGAUCUUGAAACUAGGGCAAACAACCUUGCAACGAAAAAAGGCGACGAUGUAGAGUCUGUAGUCAAGGAGGACGAUCAUGUAGCUUAUAACUAUUCCUUGUUCCAUUUUGCAAUGUUCUUGGCUUCAUUGCACAUUAUGAUGACGUUGACAAAUUGGUACAGCCCGUCACCGGCUACAAACCUUAGGCAGCUUCAAAGAUCAUGGCCUGCGGUUUGGAUCAAAAUGGGUUCGAGUAGCGCAUGCCUUUGCCUCUAUAUAUGGGCAUUGCUCGCUCCUGUGCUUCGUCCAAUGUUUCAGAAUUACGUCGAUGGUGAAGAAAAAGAAAGUGAAGAAAAGUCAGAUGCGGUCAGCGCACUCCCAACGAAUCAGAAUGCUUUGAAACAUUCUCAAAUGGCAACAAAUAACGAAAUACGAGCUGAUCAAAAUGCUGCAAAAGCAAAAGAAACUCUGCAUAAAAGUUCUAAAUCGAACGAUUUGGACGAAAAUAGAACAGCCAGUAAUGAUGAUAGGGGAAAAGAACAAGAAAUGAAAGAUACUCCACCAACAGAUACAACAACGACUCCCUUGACUGAGGCUGACAAGGAAGUGUUGAGACUCCAAGGGAAAGUUUUAAAGCUGCAAGAAAAAAUAGCUAAAUUACAACAUAAAGUGGCUGAACUUCAAGGAUUAAAUGUAUAA